UAAAGACAGCAAAAUAUUUACAACAAACAUCAGGUAAAGAUUACUAGGAGAAUUGUAAACUUUAAACAAGAAUAGGAUUUCUCUUUUGUUUUGACAUGGCUGUACCAGGAAAAAAGAUGCCCAAAACAUUUUCAUCAUCAUCAACUAUGGGGUCUGAUGAAGACAUCAAAGUUUAUUGCCAGCCGUGCGACUGUGAUGGUCCUCGACUCCCUGCUCAUGGCUAUUGUGUUGACUGCAGGGAGCACUUGUGCGACACUUGUUUGGCGGCUCACAAGAGACAUACCCUUUCAAGGCAUCAUACUCUUCUAGAUAAAAACAGCAUGCCACAAACCAUGUCUUCAGCCUCAGUUCAUCCAAGCCAGCCUGACAACCUUACCAAACCUUGCCCUAAACACAUGAAAGAAAUGAUCAAGUUCUACUGUCAGAACCAUGAAGCACUACUCUGCAGUGUAUGUGUUAUACUUGAACACACAGUUACAUCUUGCGAGGUCAACUACAUACCAUAUAUUUCUGACCAGAUCUUAAACAGCACAGAACAUCAAGUUAUCUUGAAAGCUAUGGAUACCAUUACUGAGCAAUGUCGCAAGAAAUCAGAAGAUGUGAAGAAAAUUACUGCACUCUCCAACAGUUCUUUGACAGAUGUACUGGCUGACAUAAAGACGUUUCGGACAGAAAUAAACCAAAGACUAGAUGAAUUAGAAAGACAAGCUGAAGAUGCAGCUAAGACAAUCCAACAAGAAAAUAACAAGAACCUGAAGGCAGUAGAAACAACUUGUGAGGGUGUAACCAAGUCUCUGAAGACAUUAUCUGACACCAUUAAACAUCUCAACACAACCCAAAAAGCAGACAAACUUUUCAUGGAGCUAAAAUUAGCUGAGCAAAUUAUCAAAGGUUACAAGAAACGUGUCCACCACCUAGCAGCAUAUGAUGUCAAGGAGUACAGUUUUAAACCAAAUAAAGCAAUAUCAACCCUUCUUGAAAAGGAGAGGUCACUGGGUACAUUCACAAAGAAAUCAUUAAAACAACCAAGUCCUUCUCCAGCUGUUGAUGUAAAAUCCAGACAAACUUCCCAUCAGGGUGAGAUCUGUGUACAAACAUCAAAAGAUAAGGGCAGAUGCUGUAUACCAAGAAUGACUCUCCUUACUCCUGAUCUACUUAUCAUCAUUGACUGGAGAAACUAUGCCGUAAAAAUGGUGGAUACCUGCAGUCAAUCUGUUACUGCUCAAUUACAACUAGAUACUGAGCCAUGUGAUGUCACCUCAGUUACUAGUAUAGAACUUGCUGUCACACUUCCUCAAAAACAAAAUAUUCAGUUUAUAUCAAUCUCCUCAAACAAACUCAAGAAGAAACAAACUCUGAAGGUUGAUGGAAAAUGCUAUGGUAUAAGUUGCUGUCAGGGGAAACUUUUUGUGUCAUUUGUUGAACCUGCAAAACUCCAAAUUCUUGGUACUUAUGGUACUAUACUGACAACAGUCAGACUAGGAAGUAUUUUCAGCAGGCCAGUAUAUGUUACCUCUAAGACUGAUUCUAUCUAUGUAUCUGACUGGGAAAUGAAAACAGUUACAAAGUUUAACUGGCAGUGUGAGGUAACUGGUAGUUAUGGUGGUGUGACUUGGCCUCUUGGUAUAACACUGUCAGAUGAUGGUACUGUUUUUAUAUGUGACAACCAGAGAAAUGUUAUAGAAGAGAUAGCAGGUGACUGUACUACAGGAAAGGUUGUAUUGAAGGACCUCAAUGAUCCCUAUGGUAUCUGUUGGUGUGCUGAAACAAGUAAACUGUACGUCAGUUGUUACACUAAACAAGACAAACAUGACAACUUUCUUCAGGUCUUCAAGCUGUCAUAACUACAACAAAACUCAUCAACAAUUUAACCAUUGUAUACUGUGAAAUCAUUCAUAUUCAUGGGGGCAAAUAUUCAUGGAGUUUGUGACAGUGUCAAUCCUUGACAAACUAAGAAGAUGCCUAAUUAUUCUAUCUUUAAAUGGAUAUGCCUCCAAAUAAACAUUAGUUGUUUUUUCUUUAAAUAGACAGCAGUUCGUAUUGAUUAUCUUAAUUGAUAAACUAGGAUUGUUAUAGAUUAUUAAUGUGCACGAAGUGCAGCAAAAUUCCUUCUAUUUUACAUCAAACUUCAGAAGUGUGACUUAACAUUUUUGAGACUUAUCUACAUGUUGUUUUCUUUAUUUAAAGAGUGUUAUUGUAGAUAAUUAGAUAUGUGUCCAUAAGACGUGGUACCCUCAUUUCCUGGCACAUAGAUAUAUUAUGUUAUUUGUAAAGAAUGCAAGACUAAAUUAACUUUAAUAUUACCUAUAGUUGGGUGUGAGUCAUAACGGGGAGUGGUAUAGAUACUAUAAAGCAUCAUCAAGAAACAUGAGAUACAAGAAACUGAAAGAGUGAAAAACAAGAGGGCCAUGAAGGCCCUGUAUUGCUCACCUGACCUACUGACCUAAAGAUCAUCAAGAUUAACAUUCUGACCAAGUUUCAUUAAGAUAUGGUCAUAAAUGUGGCCUCUAGAGUGUUAACUAGCUUUUCCUUUGAUUUGACCUGGUGACCUACUUAUUGACCCCACAUGACCAAGAUUCAAACUUGACCUAAAGAUAAUCAAGAUUAACAUUCUGACUGAGUUUCAAGGAGACAUAGUCAUAAAUGUGGCCUCUAGAGUGUUAACAAGCUUUUCCUUUGAAUUGACCUGGUGACCUGGUUUUUGUCCCCACAUGAUCCAGAUUCGAACUUGUCCUAAAGAUCAUCAAGAUUAACAUUCUGACCAAGUUUCAUGAAGAUACAGUCUUAAAUGUGGCCUCUAGAGUGUUAACAAGCUUUUCCUUAGAUUUGACCUGGUGACCUAGUUUUUAACCCCAGAUGACCCAAUGUUUUUAUAUGUGACGGACGACGACGAACAACGGGCACAGGGUGAUCACAAAUGCUCACCCAUUAGGCUUUAUGACUCUAGGUUGAAUACUUCUUGAGAUAUCUGCAAGACUGCAACACAAACUUUUAGGCCUUUAAUGCAUAUUUAUGAUUAAGUCAAUAGCCAUCAAUAAAACCAAAUACCUCAGGUGAACAACUUCACAUGCUGAAUAAUAGGUUUAUAUAGUUACAUGACUGAUAGAUCAAGCGUUUUUUGAGAUAUGUGCAACACAAAUCUUGAAGCCCUUUAUGCAUACAUUUGUACUUUUAGUAUGUCACUGGCCAUAAUUCUGCUCUUGCAGAAUCAAAUCCCAAACUAAACUCCAGGUCCACAACUUCACAUGCUGAAUAAUAUUACUGUAAGAUUUCAUGACUCAAUGCCAAAUACUUUUUAGAUACAUGUCACACAAACUUUUAGGCCCUUUAUGCAUAUUUUUUACUUUCAAGGGUCACAACUCUGGUUUUACUGAGUGGAAUUCCAAACAAAACCCAGGUACAACUUUAUACACUGACUAAUAAUCCCAUAAUUUUUCACGAGUCUAAGUCAAAAUUUUUAUGAGAUAUACAUGACACAAAUUAGAGAGAUGUACGGGCAAAUAUACAGACAAGGGUUAUUAAGCGGGGCAUAGUUCCUUAAAUCUUUCUACUGCAUUUACUAAAUAAAGAAAGCCUUUUCCAGAAUUUCAAAAAAAUCGGCAUUAUUCUAGAAGUAUGUAAUUUAAAGUACUGGCCUCAACAGGCUAUUAAUACCACCAGACACUGCUUUGAUUCAACAAAAAUGAAAUAUUGUAAUCACGAUAUGACCUUCAAAUAUGACCUUGAAUGUGAACCAAGUGACCUUUGUUAUACAUGCUGCAAAUUGUCCUCAUGAGGUUAACAUUUGAUGCAAGUUUUAUAAAAAUCCUUCCAGAAUUUAACAAUCUUAUCUGGCAAACACAAAUUAAAGCCAAUUCAUCUCUGACGUCUAAGCGUGUGACCUUGACUUUGAACCUAGUGACCAAGGUCAUAUGCUUUGCACAUCAUCUUGAUGAUGUAAACAACUAAUGCUUGUUUUAUGAAAAUCAUUCAAGCACUUUGGACCUUCGACCUUGCUUAUUUCUUAGCUCUGUUAGUUUACACAAUGGAUUUAACGCUUCCUUCUCAACUGGAAAUUAUCUUGAAAUGUAGAUCCAAUUUUAGGAAUACUGGUCGUUAUUUUCAUUGGAGAAUAAAUGAGAACUUUGUGGAGUUUUGUUAAAAAAUUUAAUUUCCACAGAAUAACUAUACUGAACUGUACAUUUUAUAUGGAACAUAGUCAUAUGCAGAUUAUGGAAUUCUCUGACAAUACUGACACUCAUUUUAAGUGAAGGAAAUAACAGAAGUUGUGUGUUAUCUACAUUAUUUUAAGUGACUAUAAUAAGAAUUUAUUGAUAGACAUAUUAGAACUUUGUAGUUAUGAAUGUGU